AUGACAAAUGAUAAUCUAGGCUCUUUUGCUGAGAUUCCCAAGAGCCUGUUGGCGGAGAUCAAGGCUCUGGAAGAGAUGCUGACUGUCCCCACGGCAAAGCUGAAGGAAAUCACUGACCACUUCGUCAAAGAACUGGACAAGGGUCUGAGCGUCGAGGGUGGCAGUAUUCCCAUGAACCCCACCUGGGUCAUGUCAUUUCCCGAUGGAUACGAAACUGGCACGUUCCUGGCUCUGGAUAUGGGCGGCACCAACUUGCGUGUGUGCGAGAUCACUUUGACAGAGGCCAAGUCGGAAUUCGACAUCAUCCAGUCCAAAUACCGCAUGCCCGAGGAGCUCAAGACUGGUUCCUCCGAGGAGCUUUGGGAAUACAUUGCCGACUGCCUGUCCCAGUUCAUCGAGACUCACCACGGCACAACCAACCUGGAGGCGCUUCCCUUGGGCUUCACCUUCUCCUACCCUGCAACUCAGAACUACAUCGAUGAGGGUAUCUUGCAGCGGUGGACCAAGGGCUUCGACAUUGAUGGGGUUGAGGGCAAGAACGUUGUCCCCAUGUUUGAGGCUGCCCUGGCUGCCCGAGGAGUUCCUAUCAAGCUCUCCGCACUAAUCAACGACACCACCGGUACUCUGAUCGCCUCUGCCUACACUGAUACUAAGAUGAAGAUUGGCUGCAUCUUCGGUACCGGUUGCAAUGCUGCCUAUAUGGAAGAUCUCGGCUCUAUCCCCAAGCUUGCCCAUAUGAACCUGCCUCCUGACACACCCAUGGCCAUCAACUGCGAGUGGGGUGCCUUUGACAACGAGCACAAGGUUCUGCCUCGGACCAAGUACGAUAUCAUAAUCGACAAGGAUUCUCCCCGUCCCGGGCAGCAAGCCUUCGAGAAGAUGAUCGCUGGUCUGUAUCUGGGCGAGAUCUUCCGUCUGAUCAUGGUCGACCUUCAUGACAACCAUGAGUCCGGUAUCUUUGCCGGCCAGGACAUCUCGAAGCUGCACAAGCCCUACAGUCUGGAUUCGUCUUUCCUAUCUGCCAUUGAAGAUGACCCCUUUGAGAACCUUCAGGAGACAUUCGACCUUUUCCUGGACAAGCUCGAUCUCAAGCCCAACCCGUCCGAGCUCGAGCUCAUCCGCAGAACAGCUGAGCUCAUCGGGACUCGGGCUGCUCGCCUCUCCGCUUGUGGUGUCGCCGCUAUCUGCAAGAAGAAGAACUACGAGAGUGCCCACGUCGGCGCCGACGGCUCCGUCUUCAACAAGUACCCCCACUUCAAGAAGCGCGGCGCCCAGGCCCUCCGCGAGAUUCUGGACUGGGCUCCUAAGACCAAUCGUCGCGAUGAGGACCCCGUCGAGAUCCUGGCCGCCGAGGACGGUUCCGGUGUUGGCGCCGCACUCAUCGCGGCACUCACGCUGAAGCGUGUCAAGCAGGGCAAUAUGGCGGGUAUCUUGCAUCCAGAGAAUUUUGCGUAG